CUUCUGCCAUCAUCAUCAAUAUUUUGCUGAAAUUCGCUCGCUUUUUGGCUAUACAUACCUACAAUCUUGCUACAUCAUCAUCUACCGACUAUAAUAAAUAACACGACACAAUGGAGGACCAGUUCGGAGGCCGCACAGACGACGACCUAUUCUACGACGACUUCGAGCCCGUCGAGUCCGAGCCUGUCCUGAUACAGGAACCGCAGCACUACUACCAGCCCGAUCCUGUUGCUUCGCCUGCGCCAGCUUCACCAAACUCCUCCGUCCUCGAAAGCGUCGCCCGCACCAGCCGCCAAGAACAAGAAGCCGCUGCGCCCUGCCGGAGGUCUUUCGUCCUCCCGCUUUGCCGACAAGCCUGCUCCAAAGUCAGCGCCUGCGCAGAAGUCGGCGCCUACGCAGAAGCCAGCGCUACCGAGGAGGGGCCUUCGCAACCCUCCGGUCCUCCCUCCAACGCGGGAACUGGCCCCAGAGACAAGCCUCGCCGCUCAUCACCAUCACAAAACACCGCUGCGAACGCCGAGGUGCGCGCUAAGUCUGGCUCCAACCCGCGCCACAAGCUCACAGAGGACGAGCUCGCCGCCAAGAUGGAGAAGAUGAAGCUCUUGUCAGCGGAGAAGGCGCGCAAGUUUGAGAUGGCGGAGCAGGACGAGAAGCAGCACGCCGAGGCAUACGCACGAGGCAUGGAGGAGGCGCGCAAGAGAAGAGCUGAGGAAGCAGAGCGGCGAAAGCGUGGCGAAGAGGAGAGGCGCAAGCUGGAGGACGAGCGAGCGAAGAAUAGGGAGCGCAAGCUCAAGGCCAUGCACAUUAAGGAUGGCAGCUGGGACGAAGGCAAGGAGGCGCUGGCUGAAGAAGAGGCUAGGCGAGGCUUCCGCGGUGCAAACGGAGGCAUCAGAGGGGCCAAGAGCCGUGGUGGCCUGGGCGGAAGCCGAUUCGCCGAGGCACAAGAUGUCGACCGCUUCCUGGAUGAUCGGCACCGUGGCAGAGGGCGUGGAGAUCGUGGCAGAGGCGGAAACGGCAGCGCUAACGGCAACGGCAGAGGUCGAGGCCGGGGUCGCGGCUCAUACGACGGCCCAGUCGGCGAGUCCCGCCCGGCGAAACAGCAAGCAAAGCCUACCAUGGCACAAGCAGCGGCAGCCUCCGCCCAAGCUAAGCCAACCAUGGCACAGGCAGCGGCAGCGGCAGCGGCAGCUCCUCCUCCCCUGCCUUUACCUCUCGUCGUGACUGGCGGCAAGUGGGACGAUGAGAUGGAAGCCCUCGACGCUUUGAACCAGGCUCAGGCUCAGGGCAAGGCCGAAGCCAAGUCAUAG